AUGGAACUCCCUGAUGUCGUGGACACCAUUCUCCAGCACAUUAGUUCCAUUGACUUCCCGGCAACUGAACUCAAGAUCUCGCUCUCCCAAGCCAGCAAGACAUAUAUGGGCGGACUGCUCUCGGCGCACGAACUGCUGACCGGUCCCUUGUCCCAUCUGGCUUCCAACAAGUCGGCGGUCGCGGCACUUCUGACCCAGGCCCAGACUCUGGCAGACAGCCUUUCGUUUGCCUUCGACACGCCUUCUCACCUUCCGCAGAACAACCUCCUGCUCAAACCCAGGCCGAAACAUCGCCGUGUUGCCACCACCGGCAUCACCUCUAUAGGCACCAUCGCCCUGGAAUGGACCCAUCUCACCACCUUGAGCCAGCACCAAUCCUAUGCCGAUCUCGUCGGGCGCGCCAUGGGUCGUCUUUGGAACAGUAAGAAGGGUGGGCAAUGUGAAAAGGCCUUCCCCGAUUUCCCAGGCAACGUCCUCUCUCUCAAGUCGGGAAACUAUGUCAGUUACGAGGGGGUCUAUGUGGGCGGUGCCGGAUCCUUUUACGAAUAUCUGAUGAAAAUGUACAUCUACUCACCGACAGAGUACUCCUUCUACCGCCAUCGCUGGACCCGUGCCGUCGACGCGACGAUGAAACGCCUGGCCUCGCACCCAUCAAGUCGACCAGACCUUACAUUUUUGGCAUCCAUCAAUUGCACUGACGUGCUCUACUCGUCAGACCACUCGGCUUUCUUCGCCGCGGGAAACUUCAUCCUGGGAGGGACGGUCCUGCACAAACCGCGAUACGUGGAUUUUGGCCUGACCCUGGUCGAAAGUCAAGUCGAGCUCUACCGCUCCACAGCCACCGGACUUGGCCCGGACCGGUAUGCCUGGCUGCCAGCCUGGUGCAACAAACACCCGUCAAAGGCCAAACUUAAAGCCAACCCCCAUGCCUGCCAGCUGCCGCCUGAAUGUGCCAAUCAGACCGAUUUCUACGCCACAGCCGGCUACUGUGUGGUUGAGCCCAAGAAUAUGCUUCGUCCUGAAGUGCUGGAGAGCUUGUACUAUGCAUACCGCGCCACUGGGAAUCGCAAGUAUCAGGACAUGUCAUGGGAGAUCUUCCAGGCCAUGAUUCGAGCGACGCGGGUGUCCAGUGGUGGAUUCAGCCAAGUCGCAGACGUCAAUGUCAUGCCCGAAAACGAUGGACCAGGAGGCAGGUUGGAUAUGAUGUAUGGCUUCUUCAUGGCCGAGACGAUCAAAUACGCGUAUUUGAUCCACGUGGAGGAGGGCGAGUGGCAUAUGCAGGCGGACGGGAGGAACAAAUGGGUGUUCAAUUCGCAGGCUCACCCGUUGCGAGUUCGAGAAUCGGUCGUGUGA